AUGAGUGAUGAGUAUACAGGCGAAGCAGCGAGUGAAGUGAUAGACUGGAUGGCGUUUCGUGAAGACCCCGGUUGGAGUUCAGAGAUGUAUAAAUCUUUUGAUAGAUUAACAUCUUCUUGUCCUGGUUAUAUGGGUAAGAGUCAAGUAUUAGAGUUUAUAAAAGAAAUUCAUAAGCUAUUUCAGCCUCAGAUCUCACAGCUUCGAAGAGGAAGAGACAGAUUAAGAGGAAGAAAGACAGGACCAAAGGAGACAGUUACCCAACUUGGAGCUGUAUCUAGAGACACAUUGACUAGAGAUGCCCAUACAGCUGAUGAUUAUCAAGCAGUACCUCCAGAUCUUGCACUAGACUCCACAGAAGAGGGCAUGCGUAUGGUGUCUUUUGAGAUGUUUCAUCGAGUGGCUUUGAAGUUGGGGCUGAGCGUUGGACAUCGUCAUUCGCGAAUGCUGUGGAUAAUGAUAGGGAUUGAAGGAUAUGAAGAAGUGCAGCAGUUUCUACCUGAAAGAGAUGUUAAGCUGGGUAUCAUUCGGGUGUAUCUGCAGCCUGUUACAGCUCUAGGAAAGCCCUUCUUAAAUAAAGAUUCUGUUGCUAGUAUUGUCGCUUAUAAAGGAUUAAUCAAUUUCUUCCUCUUCAAACGAUUACUCAAGCACCUUGAAAUCGCUAUUCCAGAUAAAGCAGCUCGCGCACUGUGGGAUGAGCUUCCUAAAGACCCGAUGGAGAUAACAGAUUUUCUUCCUGCUGGUCUUGUUGAAGGAAGCAUAAAGACUAAAUAUUUGCGUUUAGAGAUGGAUAUAUUGGGUUUAGAUCCUAUGAAAGGAAGAGUAGUUAGUGUUGAAUGCAUUCGUAAGAAACUCCCGAGGUUAUUGAUGACGGGUCUGUGGCCGGAGGCAGUGCGUGUGCUGCUUACUCUGUCUCUUCAGCUUGAAGUGUCUCCUUUUAAGUUGGAUAGAGUAUUGAAGUCACUGGAGAGAAGAACAAAUAGAUUUGGUUUAUUAAAGCCAGAAGAUAUAGGAUUAGUAUUAAGUUCUUUAUCUGUAGAAGGGAUGACAUUCUCAAUGUUAAGAGAUGUUAUACAAAACAUGCGCAUACGAAUGCCUGAACAAGAUAUUAAAAGAAUGUUUGAUCUAAUGGAUAUUAACCAUGACUUAAGUCUUUCUUUAGGCGAACUUCUCAGUGGAUUUGAAGUACUUUUCGGAAGAUUUAUGCCUAUGCUUGUUCUUCAUGAAGUCGGCUUAUCUCUCGACAGGAUGCUCCUUGUGCUUCUACUUACUACUCUUGCUCUCCUCGCCUUCUUCGGCUUCUUAGGCCUUGCAUUCACCAGCUUUGAGAGCCUAAAGAGCGGAGUAAGUACAGCUGUUCAAUCUAUGCUGGCUGUAUUAGGAGCAGUUGGUUUACAGUCAGGAGCAUCUCAAGAAGCAGCAGAAGUAGAGCAGAGAAUGAAGCAGCAUAUUGAAGCUAUCAUGGGUGAUAAGUUAUCGAGAGCUAGAGAACAAGUAGAAGAACAACAAGAAGCAUAUAAACCUGAACCCUCACCUAAAGAAGGAAAACCCCUUAAGCUCCGGUAUAUAAUUCCUCGUCGGUAUCGGCCUGACUUAGAAGACCCUCGGCCUUGUGUUACAUUUACUCCGGGUUCGUUUGUUCGUUUAGAACCUGUUGUCUCUGGACGCAUUGAUAAAGCUCAGCUUACUUGGGCAAUUACUCCUCGUCUACAGCCUCAGACAGGGCUUGUCUUCAAUAGACUUACAGGGGUUAUCGAGGGGGUUAUUCCUUCUAAAUACGAAGGAGGAGAGUUAAGCCCUCAAAUGAUGAGAGCCGCCACAAAAAGCCACGAACAAGCCGCUAGGGCUUUUCAUCCUUCUCAUCCCGGGGUCGGAUUUUCUGAAGAAAUGGCUGAGGCGGGACGCCAACUGCGCUUUCCUCGCAAAACUUAUCUCAUUGUUUGUCGCAAUCAAGCUGGUUCAGCAAGAGCAAGAGUUACAUUUCAGAUUCAACCGAAGGCACAGACAACGCGUGCACAUCCGAAGAAGGAAGAAGAGGGUAAAAGAGAUAUUCGGAAGAGACAGACAUUCAAAGAACCUGUAGACUGA